CGGGGUUUUAUAUAUCUUCCAUGCAGCGAGAUAUCAGCCUAAAAACUUUGAUCCGGUCAACGCUGGACUGUUGAAUUUGCAUUAUGGCACUUCUCAGAGCUCAGUGGACGAUGGUGUUAACUCUAAACUAAAAUGGGGGUGUGGCCCCAGAGCUUGUAAACAGAGUCAUCGUGGGAAAUGUCAUGCAGAGCUUAGCUGAGAUACCUUACUUCGCUCGUCACGUGAGUCUGAGGUGCGGUGUACCGAUGUCUGUGCCUGCUUUCACUGUGAAUAGACUGUGUGGUUCUGGUUUUCAAUCCAUCAUCAAUGGCGCUCAGGAGAUUUCCCUCAGGGAGUCAGAGGUGGUCCUGUGUGGAGGUUCAGAGAGUAUGAGCCAGCUUCCCUAUAGUCUUCGCAACAUGCGAUUUGGUGCAACAUUUGGAGUUGAUCUAGAGCUAGAGGAUGGUUUGUGGGCUGCGCUGACUGACCUGCAUAUCAAAGCCCCAAUGGGCAUCACAGCAGAAAAUCUGGCAGAGAAAUACGAGAUCACCCGAGAAGACUGUGACAACUAUGCAUACCAGACUCAACAAAAGUGGAAGGCAGCUCAUGAGGGUGGUUACUACACAGCAGAAAUUGCUCCUAUUGAGGUGAAAACUAAGAAAGGCAAAGAGCUCAUGACUCAUGAUGAGCAUCCUCGGCCUGAAACCACACUGGAACAAAUGGCCAAACUACCUCCUGUCUUUAAAAAGGAAGGGACCGUUACUGCUGCUAACGCCUCUGGUAUAUCUGAUGGUUCUGCUGCUUUGGUGAUUUCAAGUGAGGAUGCUCUGGAGGAACACAAGCUCACUCCCCUGGCCAGAAUCGUGGCCUAUCAUGCGAUAGGCUGUGACCCAAGCAUCAUGGGAAUAGGUCCUGUCCUAGCAGUCACGGAAGCUCUUAAAAAAGCCGGUUUGACACUCAAUGACAUGGAUCUGGUGGAGGUGAAUGAGGCGUUCGCCUCUCAGUAUUUGGCUGUUGCUAAGGCUCUAGGACUGGACCCGGAGAAAAGCAAUGUUAACAGUGGAGCUAUUGCCAUUGGUCAUCCUCUCGGGGCUUCUGGAGCACGCAUCACUACUCACCUGGUGCAUGAGCUCAGGCGGCGAGGAGGCAAGUAUGCCAUCGGGUCUGCCUGUAUCGGCGGUGGUCAGGGCAUCGCCAUGAUCAUUGAAAAAUGCUGAGAGAAGAAACUGCCAGCAUCAGAAGGAUUCCUACAGAAGAAUGACCUCCAUGCAACUGCACCGUCCAAUCAAAUGUAAAAUAAAAUACAGCUGAUACAUGCUAAACUUAAUAUAAGCUUAUUUAUACU